UUUUGACGUCAUAUUCGUGCGACAUUUGCAUGAACACAUGUACCAUGCGUGUAAAAUCUUGAGGUACAUGAAUGAAAUACUCAUGCUUUUUAUAAGAUAUAUAUUAUUCACGAGACGUUGAAAAACAUCGUUGUUUGUCAUGGCUGGAAACACGCUGCUGUAUAAAUCAAAUUAUGCAGUCUCCAGCAAAAUAGAGCCGUUCUAUAAGGGAGGAAAAGUACAGAUAAGUCGUGAUGAACAGUACCUCCUCUGCACAUGUGGAUCAAAAGUCAACAUUUUGCAGAUCGACACAGGGAAAAUCAUUCAUAGUAUUGAGCAGGAUGAUCAAGAGGACAUCACCUCAUUCUCUCUCAGUCCUGAUGAUGAGAUCCUGGUGACCGCCAGCAGAGCUUUGCUCUUGAAGCAGUGGGACUGGAAGCAGGAGAAGUGCACUCGGUCGUGGAGGGCCAUCCACAAUGUGCCUGUGGCCAGCAUGACCUUUGACUGCACCACCACCCUGCUGGCGACAGGAGGUUGUGACGGCACCAUCAAGCUGUGGGAUGUUGUGAAGCAGUACUGCACACACAAUCUGAAAGGAUCGUCUGGUGUUGUACAUUUGGUUGAGUUUCAUCCGGACAUCAGCAGGCUGCAGCUCUUCUCUUCCUCUGUCGACUGUGGGAUCCGUAUCUGGGAUCUGCGGACCAGCAAGUGCGUCUGUGUUUUGCAGAGCCACUACAGUGCCGUCACAUCGCUGGCCUUCUCUCCUGAUGGCCAAACGCUCGUCAGUUCUGGCCGAGACAAAAUCUGUUCAGUGUGGGACCUGAAGGAGAAGGCGGUGAAGAGGACAGUCCCUGUCUAUGAGGCUGUGGAAGGUGUUGUUCUUCUGCCGGGGACGAGCGAUUACUCUCAGAUGGGUGUGAAGAGUGACGGUUUACACUUUGUCACGGCUGGCAGUAAAGGUGUUCUUCAAGUGUGGGACUCCAGCUCAGCGCGUUGUGUGUUCACGCAGACGCUGCCCGACGCCCCAGCUCUCAGCACAGAGGAGGCCGAUCUGAACCCGCGCAGUCUGAUGCACCUUCUGCCCAUGCCUCUGUCCAACAGACUGGCCACAGUCACCGCAGAGCACAACAUCCUCAUCUAUCAGAUGCCCUCGCUCACCAUACAGCAGCAGUUCGUGGGCUACAAUGAUGAUAUCUUGGAUGUGAAGUUCCUGGGGAAGGACGACACGCACAUCGUUGUGGCCACUAACAGCUCUCAGCUGAAGGUGUUUGAGUUGGCCACUAACAGCUGUCAGAUUCUGUAUGGACACACAGAUACCAUCUUAUCUAUUGAUGUGUUCUGCAAAGGCUCCAUGUUUGCCAGCUGUGCAAAGGACAAGUCCUUGCGGCUGUGGAAGAUGGAUCCGACGAGCGGCCUUGUGCACUGCGUGGCUCGGGGCAGCGGACACUCCAAUGCCGUGGGCUCUAUAGCCUGCUCCAGGUUAAAGAAAGUCUUCCUGGUGUCAGGCAGUCAGGACUGCACUAUUAAGGUGUGGGAAGUGCCCGACCCUCCUCCCGCCCUGGGAUGUGAACCGGGCUUGAUGACGGCACGAAUCACUGAGAAAGCUCAUGACAAGGAUGUGAACAGCCUGACCAUCUCUCCCAAUGACAAACUGCUGGCCUCUGGCUCCCAGGAUCGCACGGCAAAACUCUGGUCCCUGGCUGACAUGAGUCUGCUAGGUGUCUUCAGAGGUCAUAGUCGAGGUAUUUGGUGUAUUCAGUUCUCUCCUGUGGACCAGAUCCUGGCCACGGCCUCGGCAGACGGCUCCAUCAAGAUCUGGGGCCUUCAAGACUUCAGCUGCCUCAAGACAUUUGAGGGACAUGAUGCCUCUGUGCUAAAGAUCAUAUUUGUCAGCCGAGGAACUCAACUAGUGUCUGGUGGUUCUGACGGACUUUUGAAGUUGUGGACAAUAAAAACGAACGAGUGUGUGAAAACAUUUGAUGCUCACCAGGACAAAGUGUGGGCUCUGCAUGGCAGCAGCAAAGACGACCUGAUGGUGACGGGAUCAGCCGAUUCCACCAUCACGCUGUGGAAGGACGUAACUGAAGUGGAGUUGGCGGAAGAGCAGGCCAAACAAGAAGACCAAGUCCUUAAGCAGCAGGAACUGUCAAAUUUACUUCAUGAAAAGAAAUACCUGAAGGCUCUGGGGAUCGCUAUCUCUCUGGAUCAACCGCACACUGCCUUACGAGUCAUCAGAGAAAUUCGGCAGCAGGAGCAUGGGCUACAGGAGCUAGAAAAGACCCUCCUGAAACUCCGUCAGGAUCAAAAAGAGUCGGUGCUGCGCUACUGUGUGGUGUGGAACACUAACUCGCGCAGCUGUCUGGACGCUCAGGCCGUCCUGCAGGUGCUGCUCACUCACCUGAGCCCAGAGGAGAUGCUGCAGUAUCAGGGGGCUCGGACUCAUCUGGAGGGCCUCAUCCCGUACACAGAGAGACACAUGCAGCGAAUCGGCCGUCUCCUGCAGGCCUCAAUGUUUCUGGAUUACAUGUGGCAGAAAAUGCGUAUUACAGGUGGUAAAGAGAGUGUGAACUUGGACGAUGAUGAGAUGGACACCAGUCCUCAGUCCACCUUCAUCAUAGACAAGCAACCAAUGGAGAUGACAAACACUCAAGCAUCUCAGCAGCAACAGGAAGAUGAAGAGGAAGAUUUGGAAGAGUCAGAAAGCAGAGUGGAGCAUACUGAUGAAGAUGAAAGUGUCAGCACAUCUAAAAGUGCUCAUAUGAAUGGCAAGAAACACAACGGGGUGAAUCGAGUCGCAGAUGAAGGUCAUGUGUCCAGUGAGGAGAGUGAAAAUGAGGAUGGAGCCAUGGAAAUUUCCACCAAGUCUCUUCCCACCAAAUCUACAGGUUCUGCCCUCUGUGAAACAGCAACUAUAAGGUGAUUGGCUGCUGUAGCUGCCAAUCAUGAGUCUUUUUAUUCAGUGCUGUAUAGUGAAUUGAUGGACACUUCUGAUCUUUCAGAAUUUUUCAGAUUCAUCCAUACAUUGUUGCUGAUAAACAGGGUUUUCCUGUUACACCAAUUACACAAUUCUCUUAGAUGUUUUUUUAAUGUAGUUGUUUGUCAUCCUUCAAAUAAAUAUUGUUAAUAUCACUUGGAAAAAAAGAAUAAAUUUUAUUACCCUCUA